AUGGUUGUUACUCAAAAGGCAGAUGAAUCUCUAAGGGAUUACAUAAGGAGGUUUAAUAAUGAAGCCAAUACAAUUCCGAGAUUGCAGCAGGAGAUAGCAGUCAUGGCACUAAUGAAUGGCCUGAAUGAUUCAGAAUUUAAAAGAUACUUAACCCGAAAAAAUCAGCCAACAUUAGCUGCAGCUUUCAAAAAAGCUCAUGAUUAUAUUAAGAGCGAAGAAUUGAUGAAAACAAGCAGCCGAGUUAGUUCUACCGAUAGGAUUCACCCGAUGUCUGAAGGGGGAUCUUCAGGAGUUGUAAGGCCGAGGAAUCCUACCGCAACAAGGGGAGGAAGCCGUCAAGAGGUUAGAGGAACCAAGGCACCAAUGCGAUAUAAUUCGUAUACACCUCUGAAUGCACCGAGGGCUGCAAUAUAUUCUGUAAAUGAGAAUCAAGAAGGAUGGGUGAGGCCCAUGCCGAUGAAAGCGAAAGAAAGGGAUACCAAGAAAUAUUGUAUGUUCCACCGAGAUGUGGGGAAUUACACUGAAGACUGUGUGCAGUUAAAAGAUAAUAUAGAAGAAUUAAUAAGAAGGGGGCAUCUCACUCAAUAUCGGUUACACUCUGGUGAAAGUCAACAGCAACAAUACCGGCAGCUAGAGCGCCAUCAGAUAGAGUUCAGGCCAGAAAGGCAAGGGCAAGUGAGCCGACAAGGUGAAGGUGGGAAACCACCGUCGUCCACUGGAAAAAAAGUUGAUGUAAUAACCGGUGGACCAGUUCACGGAGGGACGAUAAGUGGAGCACGGAAGCACCUAUCGGAACAUCGGCACAUUGUUAAUGCACUAGAUGUCGCUAAUCGCCCACAACCGUCUGAGAUUCCAGAUGUAACCUUUACCAAAGAAGAUGCAAAAGGAAUAGUUUUUCCUCAUGAUGAUCCCCUCGUAUUAAUAGCAAAAAUCAAUGGAGCUGAUGUGAAGAGAAUUCUAGUUGACGGAGGAAGUUCAGCGAAUGUUUUGUUUAUGCAGGCCUUUAAUGAGUUGAUGAUAGGUUGA